AUGAAUUGGCUCUGCCUCCUCGUCCUGCUGGCCACGUGUGGGCUUGCACACGGCACAUGGGACAACUGCGGAGGGCUGUGCGGGUACCGAUCCGUGAGUUAUGACUAUGGCGCCGCUGCUUAUCAAUACGGCCACUACGGCAUGACACGCGUCGUGGGUGGCACAGGGGCCCGGGAAGCGUCCUGGCCCUGGCUCGUCAGCCUCCAUCAUGCCUGGAUACCGGGCACAGGGCACAUGUGUGGAGGGUCCCUCAUCCACUCCCAGUGGGUCCUCACGGCAGCCCACUGCUUUGAUGAUGUCAGCAACAUCAGCCUGGUGUACGUGAUGAUCGGGGCCACCCAGUUGUCUCAUCCAGGCCCUGGGGCACAAAUCCGCUACGUUAAGCAGCUGCGGACUCACCAAUACUAUAAUAAGAAGAACAUGAAGAACGACAUCGCCUUGCUGGAACUGGACUAUCCUGUCCUGUGCAGCCCCUACAUCCAACUGGCCUGUGUGCCCGACUUCACACUGAGAGUGUCGGAGCUGGUAUACUGCUUUGUCGCCGGCUGGGGUGCCACCAGUGCCAGGGCUUCAACAUCAAGCGAUCUCCUGCAGGAGGCCCCGGUCCACCUCAUCGAUCUCAAGCUCUGCAACAGCAGUGAGUGGUACUCAGGGGAAAUCCACAGCAGCAACGUGUGUGCUGGUUAUCCACAGGGCUUCAUCGACACCUGCCAGGGGGACAGCGGUGGUCCUCUCAUGUGCAAAGACAACAUCGCUGACUACUACUGGGUUGUUGGAGUGACCAGCUGGGGAGAAGGCUGUGCAAGAGCAAAGCAUCCUGGAGUCUACACCUCCACUCAGCACUUCUAUGACUGGAUCCUGGCUGAGAUGGCUGCAAGCCCAUAUAGAAAGGCUUCUCUAGCAGCACAGACUUGGGGUCAUUUUCCAGCCGUCCCACAACCCACUCAGUAUCCAUGGAUGGGACCACCCGUCACACAGCCACCAUGGAUGGGACCACCCGUCACACAGCCACCAUGGACAAGACCACCCGUCACACAGCCACCAUGGACAAGACCACCUGCUACACAACCACCAUGGACAAGACCACCCACCACUCAGCCACCAUGGACAAGACCACCCGCCACACAGCCACCAUGGACAAAACCAACUGCCGCACACCCACCAUGGACAAAACCACCAGCCUCAGAGAAGCCAAAGCCAGUACCAACAUCAUCGGACCAAGUUAGCUCCUGCCCAUUUCCAAAUGAUGAGCUGGUGAAAUUCUUUACUCAGGUGAAGGAUCUCCUCCAAGAGGUCUUUGGGGAAAACACAACUUGA